CAGACGCAUACGAUCACUCGCUCUAACGCUGUGUCAUUGCAUACUUCAGCGAGUCCUUUGACACAAAACAACGACAUCAUGGCCUCAGAGGAACCUCUCUUUGAUCCUUCGCUCAAGAAGCGCAAAAAGAAGACUGUCGCCUUCACCGAAGAUCCUCUGGGUGCUGAUGCUGACCCCACCACCCCUGCCCCGACAACAAUCGACGCGACUACCACCAAUGGCGAUGCCGUCGACCUCGGUCCUACCACUUUACAUGAACAGAUGAAGCAAAGCCUGGAUGGCGAUGCUGCUGAUGGAAAGGAGGAGGAUGACUUCAAGACGAUGUUCCCGGAGGGUUUGAAGAAGAAGAAAAAGAAGAAGGACAUUCCUAUGGAUCUCGGUGACGAGGAGUCUGGCACGUCCACGCCCACGGUAGCAGCCGCGACUGAGGAUCUCGACUUCUCUGACCUCAAGAAGAAAAAGAAGUCCUCCAAGAAGAAGGCGAUGGAGGAUUUCGAAAAGGAACUCAACGACUCUAAGGCUAACAUUGAAGGAGAUGAGGAAGCAGAUGAUGGGGCGCAUUUGAAUGAGUUGGAUGACGCCGAUCUGGGUGACGAUCCUUUCGCUCGCGGGGCGGAAGCACCCACAGGAAUCGACUCUGGUAGCGAACCCUGGCUAUCCAGUGACCGCGACUACACUUACCCAGAGCUUCUGCAACGCUUCUAUGCCUCUCUGCACGCCUCCAACCCCGCCCUCCUCAUGUCCACCGGCAAGCGCUACACCAUCGCACCACCUCAAAUUCUGCGUGAAGGCAACAAGCGUUCCAUCUUCGCCAAUGUCGCCGACAUUUGCAAGCGUAUGCACCGUCAACCCGAGCACGUCAUUCAAUUCAUGUUUGCCGAAAUGGGUACGACUGGUUCUGUCGACGGUUCCGGUCGUCUCGUCAUCAAGGGUCGUUUCCAGCCCAAGCAGAUCGAGAACGUGCUCAGACGGUAUAUCGUCGAGUAUGUCACUUGCAAAACAUGCAAGUCCCCCGAUACGCUCCUCACAAAGGAGAACCGUAUCUUCUUCAUGUCCUGCGAGUCCUGCGGCUCGCGGCGGUCCGUCAACGCCAUCAAGAGUGGUUUCCAGGCCCAAGUCGGCAAGAGAAGCAAGAACAAGGCCAAAUAGAUUUUAUCGUGCUCUUUAUUUACAAGCCGUUCUUCAUCACCUCAUGUACUUCUCAUGUACAUCAUGUCCACGCUUUGCAUAUCACUGUUCCUUUAGUCAUGCACACAUUCAAUCCACUCG